CGCACAACAGCACAAAGGGCAGCAACUAAGCUGGCAGUUCGCUAUUACGAUCCUUAUCAGGUUCUGAAGUGCAUUGGUCAGGUAGCUUAUCGUCUAGAACUGCCAGAAAGUUCACAGAUCCACCCUGUUAUCCAUGUCUCACAACUCAAGAGGAGUUUAGGAGAAGCGCAGAA